AUCAAUCACAACAAUUCCACACCAGUCCACCUUUUCCAUUUGUGUUCACUUCCCGAUUCCUUCAAAUCAGUUCAAGAUGAGCCUCAUCAAUUGCAACCUCCAAAACUUGAUUCAUCAGGCUAGGGCAGCUUCUGAGGCGUCUGCAAGCACGCCCAAUGUUGAUCUUGUGGUCGCAACGGAAAAACAAAGAGGAUUGGAAUGGGAACAAGGGGCGCCACCUGCUCCGAAUCAUUCUGUGCCAUUCCUCAAUGGUUUGAUCAACCCCUGGAACCCUCAUCCCUUGCUUCAAGGGCAACAAGCCUGGAUGCAAGCCUUCCACGGGUUGCAGUUUAAGUUCCUAAUGAGACAUUUCCUGACCCAAUAUGGACCCGCCCGAAAUCCCAUCGUUCCAAUGGCUCGGACUCAGUCAGAGUUUCAAAGAGAGGACCUGGGGGGACAAUUGCGGCCGGACCCAAAUGUCUCCACUGAAUUGGUCCCUGCUCCUGAGGCGCCCCUGGAACCUGCUGUCCAAGACGAGGUAUUGACCAUUGUGGUGGGCCAACGACGAGCCAGAAGAAAGUGUCCAGGCAGUCUCGUCUUUUACUUGGUGAAUGAGCAAAACGAAAUUGUUGUGGACGAAAAGACAAAAAAGCCCACCGCAAUAUGUUUUAUAUGUCGGAAAGCUUUUGGGGACGAAAAUUCCAUCUAUCGCCAUAUGAAGAUCCACGACGAAACGACGUUCAAAGGUACGUUGAAUUCGAAUUUAGUUGCGCUCUAGGCUCU